AUGGACGCUUUGUCUGCGGUUCCCGACUCGACGACGUACUAUGACAUCUACACGGGCCUUUGGACCAAUUGGUCCCGCGGAAAAAUCUUCGGCGCCACUCUGACGACAACGCGCACGAGCGGGAGUCUUCUCAUCGCCUUCCUUUCUCUUUUCGUGACGAUUGUUGGAACCCACUUCUGGAGAAUCGGCUGCUUCGUUUUUCAUUCCGUCUGCUCUACAAAAUCCUCAGGCGACGCCCUCUACCACCAACGACAAGCAGUGCUCCGAAACUCGGCGAAUGCAGCGACCGGGCUCGCAAGCUUCCUUCAGAUUUUCUACGCAUGGCAACAAACACCAUCUCCAGGGAGGCGCUACCAACGGAUCCUACCAUCGUUAGCAUUCGCCUUGCUGACUCUGGCAGCCUUCGCUGUUGCCAGUACUUACUCAUCUCGAAUUUCGACCAUUACUGGGAACGCGGUGCUCGUCUCAAGCAAUGACUGCGGUCUGACCCUAAUGAGAUCGACCGAAAACGACACGGAGUUCAGCACUCUUCUUUUGCCAUACCUGUCUCAACUGUACGCCUCCAGCGCCACUUACGCACAACAAUGCUACGUCAAUCCUCAGAGCAACGAAGGCUGCGACAGGUUCGUGCAAACGAACCUUCCCACGAAGGUCACUCGAAACGCAACUUGUCCAUUCGAGGCCGACAUCUGCAAGUCUCAGGACUCAAACAUCCUGCUGGACACGGGCUAUCUCGACAGCCACCAGGACUUCGGCCUGAACAUGCCGACAAGUCACCGUUACCAGUACAGACGAGUCAUCCACUGCGCUCCGUUGGUGACAGAGGGGUACAAAGAGCAAGUGCCGAGUCUCGGCCCGAAUCUCUCCACUCCUUACAUGCGUUACUACUACGGGCAGAGGUUGAAAGGCGACGCCACUUUCAACUACACGUACGAACACGCGGUCCUCCAAAAAGAAGAAUUCGCAUCGACGGAUUUCACAGGCCCCCCGGCGAGUUUCGAUGUAGGGGCGACUGGCGCUACGUUCACCAACGGCUCUCUGGAUGAGGAGGACUCGGGCUUUCAACCAAUCGAGAAGCUUGCAAGGACUGACGCAUACGUCUACCUGUUCUUCCUGUCCACGAACACCGUCUUGUUUUCUCAGCCAGUGGACGAUCCGUGGUAUGCUGCGCACAGCCAGGCGGGCGAAUCGCAACACAAAGGGACGGAUGGCCUGACCGACGUGUACUGGGGCGACGAGGUAGCAUCUCCAAUGGGAUUCACGGUGCAGCAUCAAUUCUGCAACCCCAGCUUGGAUAAAAGCGUUGGGUGCACACCCCUAGCCGGAUGGAGCGAUGUUUCCAGCGCUGGCAAGAGUCUGUGGGAAGACGAUGGACAGUUGGAAAUGUUUGAGUGGGUAUUGGGGGUCAUAGCCGGGCCCCUCGACAUGUUCGGGGCCCAGAUCGAGAUGCUGGGGCCGUCCGGGCUGGAUUCUUUCUCUCGCACAUACAGGGGAGAGGUGGGUUACCUUCCGCCGAACCAGUGGCAGCUCGACGUCGAGAAGUGGAACAACGCGAGCUUGGCGCUCAUGCAGCGAGACUUUGUCGGCAUGGCAGCCGGGCCUUCGGACUCACGGAUCGCGGACCGCUGGCUAGACAGGGCGUCGACGGGCGCGGAGAAGCGGUUGUGCAAGAACCAGAAAAUCCUCAGCACCGCCUACACCAACUUCUCCGUCUUCGGCCUCGCCACCAUCCUCGUCAUCGGCGGCUUGAUCAUCGUCGUCUCAUACACGCUGGAGCCGUUCGUCGCGUGGAUCCAGCGCCGCCGCAACCUCGACGUCUACGCCCGGCUUGAAUGGAGCUUGAACGAGACGUUGCAGCUGCAGCGUAUGGCCCACGAAGAGCUCGGACUGGGCACUUGGCGGCGGUGCGACAAGGACGUGCCUGUCACCGAGAGUCGGGAGAGGCUUGGUGUGCUGGACCUGAGCGACCGGACACACCCGAGGUUGAAGGCGCCGCCGGCGUCGGUUGACGAGAUGUUUGACGAGAAGGCUGAAAAGAAUGGAAGGGGAAAGGAAGCACCGGUGAACGCUUUUCCGAAGUGCUGGAAGGUCGCAAAGGUCGCUGUUGGCGAGGUCGUGCAGCGCGCGCGCGUCGAGCAGGGCGGCGGCGGCAGCAGCAGCAGCGGCGGUGGAAGCGGUGGUGGAAGCGUGGCCGCGGGCAUGGCGUACGCCAUGAAGUCGAUUGGCGUUGAGGCCGGCGUCACGGUCGCGGACGUUGAAGGGGUUGUCGAUCAGGUUCUCGGCGGCGUAGCCGGCCGUGUCGGGUGCGCCGAAGAGCGAGGCGAGGAAAAGGAGGACGCCGUAGCUGGCUGUCACGUUGUACGUGACGGCGUCGGCGUCGGACGUGCGGUUGGCGGUGGAGAGGUGGCGCAGGAGGCCGUCGGUCCACGGCGCGGAGAGAGCGAGGGGCAGGUCGAGCAUGGUGAAGGAUUGGACUUUGCUGGUGUUUUGGUCGACGGUGACCGAGGCUGUGGCCGACUCGAGGAUCGGGGCGCAGUGGAGGGCUUGGAUUGA